ACUGCAGUCGGCUCCUCCUCGGGUCAGGGACUGCGGAUCACACAGGGCUGCUAAUAGGUGCGCUCACUGGGGUUUGAAAAUGGUGAAAAUAACGAAAGUGAAGACCAAGCCGUACACGGACCAGAAGCCCGGGACAAGCGGUCUGAGGAAGAGAGUGACUGUUUUCCAGCAGAACCAGCACUAUGCGGAAAACUUCAUCCAGAGCAUUAUCUCUGUCAUCGAGCCCGCUGAACGCCAAGCCGCCACUCUGGUGGUGGGAGGAGAUGGGAGGUUUUUCAUGAAAGACGCGAUUCAGUUGAUCGUUCAGAUUGCAGCUGGCAACGGGAUUAAUCACCUGGUGAUUGGUCAGAAUGGCAUCAUGUCCACCCCAGCAGUCUCCUGUGUGAUCCGCAAGAUAAAGGCAGUUGGUGGCAUCAUCCUCACAGCCAGCCACAACCCAGGGGGCCCCAAUGGAGAUUUUGGCAUCAAGUACAACAUCUCCAGCGGAGGACCUGCCCCAGAGGGCAUCACAAACAAAAUAUUUGAAAUCAGCAAAGGCCUGCAGGAGUAUCACAUCUGCCCAGAGCUGAAAGUGGAUCUGUCCAAGAUUGGCAAGCAGACCUUUGAUGUGGAAACCUUCAAGCCUUUCACAGUGGAGAUUGUGGACUCUGUAGAGGCCUAUGCUGAGAUGCUGAGGGGCAUCUUUGACUUUGCUGCACUGAAAGAGCUUCUGUCUGGAGCCAAACACAUUAAUGUCCGACUGGAUGCUAUGCAUGGAGUGGUUGGACCAUAUGUGAAGAAGAUAGUCUGUGAAGAGCUGGGUUCUCCUGCCAACUCAGCAGUCAAUUGUGUCCCUAUGGAGGACUUUGGGGGCCACCACCCUGACCCCAACCUGACCUACGCUGCUGACCUGGUCAAAACCAUGAAGGGAGGAGAAUAUGACUUUGGAGCCGCCUUUGAUGGUGAUGGUGACCGUAACAUGGUGCUGGGUAAACAUGGCUUCUUUGUGAACCCCUCAGACUCAGUUGCUGUCAUUGCUGCCAACAUUACAAGCAUCCCUUACUUCCAGAAGACUGGUGUCAAAGGACUGGCCCGCAGUAUGCCCACCAGUGGAGCCCUUGACAAUGUGGCUAAAAAUCUUAAGAUGCAUCUGUACGAGACUCCAACUGGCUGGAAGUUCUUUGGGAACCUGAUGGAUGCUGGAAAACUCUCACUGUGUGGAGAGGAGAGCUUUGGCACUGGCUCAGAUCAUAUCCGCGAGAAGGACGGCCUGUGGGCGGUGCUUGCAUGGUUGUCAAUCUUAGCCACCAGGAAACAGAGUGUGGAGGAUAUCAUGAAGGAUCACUGGCAGAAGUUUGGCAGGAACUUCUUCACCAGGUACGACUAUGAGGAGGUCGACUCAGAUGCUGCCAACAAGAUGAUCAAGGGUCUGGAGACAGCAAUGUUCGACCCAUCCUUCAAAGGAAAGAAGUUGUCGUCAGGUGAUAAGACUUACGAGGUGGCUAUUGCUGACAACUUUGCCUAUACCGACCCUGUUGAUGGAAGUGUGUCCAAAAACCAGGGCCUCAGGAUCAUCUUCUCCGAUGGUUCUAGGAUUAUUUUCCGUCUCAGCGGUACAGGCAGCGCGGGGGCAACUGUCAGGCUCUACAUAGACAGCUAUGAGAAGGACCCCCAGAAGAUUUACCAGGACCCACAGGUCAUGCUGGCUCCCCUGGUAGACAUUGCCCUGAAGGUUUCUCAGCUCCAUGAGAAGACUGGACGCACCGGCCCUACUGUGAUCACAUGAUUCCUCUGCCACAAUGCCUUCACUCACCCUCAGCAACGGGAUACCUCUGCUCUCUUGGGGGUGAAGCUGCCCUUGAAUGCUGUCUUGGCUUCGGUUCCUGGCCCUCUUAAAAACAGAGCUGGAUGAAAAACUGAAACUCAACAUCCUGGUUGAAUACCAGAAAAUUUAUGAGGAGCUCUCGAUUUACCUCACACUGAAAGUUACCCACUGCCAUCGUCUUCUCAAAACACUGGAAAAAAUCUGCCUGAGCAGUCAAAUUAUUUAUAUUGUCACAUGUCGAGUGAUGUGUCUGGCAAGAAGAGAUUUUGUAGUGUUCAGACAAAUUCAUGAAAAAAGAUUUGGCAUUAGUAACAAGUGAACUUUUGUCACAUGUUAAUGACAUUUAUAGAAAACAAAAUGAAUCGAGUGUGCCUCAUGUAAUUUCUGUUCAACUACGUCAUUGUCCAGAUCCCUGAACUAUAUCAUUAAAUGCAGAAACCACCAAACUGUCCAUAAAUCAGCAAUUUGGGGCAACCUCACCCCUCUCCUGCCACUUUUCCCUCACUGACCUGGUGCCUUCCCCUUCCUCUGUUCUCCAAAACCACCAAAACGGCCUCUUAACAUGAACCGUGAACCAUGAACCACAGCUAAAGCCAUGAGAACUAACACAUCCACCAUUAAUAAAAGAACCUUACAUAAAAGAAGAA